AUGCAUGACUGGGCUCAAACGGCACCAAUACAGGUCUCGAAUAGUGUUUUCAUCGUGGGAAAUGUAGCUCUUGAGAGGGAUGAACUAAAUAUUUUGGAAUAUGGUUUGAACUCUAUUCCCUCAAAAAUGUUGAGUAUGAAGAAUCAACUGAAAGCUGAUCUGGAAUUGACAGCGGACAGGUAUCCCGAACUACAAAUGAGCCUUGGCUUAAUUCGAGAUUCUAUAGUAUACAAUUCAGAUCCGUUUAGUCUGAACAUGCAUAGACCCCAGUAUAAGUCAUUGAAUAACUUAAAACAACGAAACGACAUUGUAGUAAAGCAAGCUGACAAAGGUCAAGGCAUUGUUGUAAUGUCAAGAGAAGUGUAUGAAGCUAAAACAUAUGCAUUAUUAGAAGAUAAAGAGAGCUAUGAGGAACUUUCUGAGAAUCCAAUGUGGACAACAUACGAAACUAUCCGAGAUGAAAUCAAAGAUUUGAUAAAAACAGGGAGUAUCCCAAAAGAAUAUGUUUCAAGAAUCCGAUUGAGAGGCAGACCGAAACUACCGAUGUUCUAUAUUUUACCUAAGGUGCAUAAAAAGCUAUGUCCAGGAAGACCAAUUGUUUCAGGGAUCGGUCACUCAACAGAAAAACCAUCAAAAUUCCUGGAUUUAAUAUUGAAACCACUUGUUCAAAAAUCAUCAGAAAUCAUCAGAGAAAAGUUCAAUAUCUCAUUUUAUCAUAUUCUUGAUAGUACAACAAGCUUGAUUAGUGAGAUUAUUGAGUUAAAUAAGGAGAUAAAGGAAAAAUCAUAUGACUUAAAACAAAUAUAUUUCAUUAGUGUGGACAAAGUGUCUAAAGACGAAUUGACGAAUCGCAAUUUUUGGGUGUAA